GGACAUGGGUGGGGCUUAAGUUGUUUGAGGAAGAAAGUUGAAACACGCAGAGAUAACGCACAUAUCAGUGAUGAGAGAGGAUGUCUUUACCAGGCUGCGACUGUUCUGGUCAUAAAAGUCCACUUAUUUGUUGAACCGCGUGUUAGUUUUAGCUUUUUCAACAUGUUUUAAACUCAAACCAGCGGAGGUUGUAAGACUUAGUACGCGAGGGUUUGUUAUUUUGAGGAUUUCUCAUCUUCAUCAUGCUGUGUAAUUUGUUUUUUCUCAUUUUAACAUCAUGUUGCAUCGGAGAGUCAAAGAGGAGAAAUGUCCUUCUAAUUAUUGGUGAGUUUACUAAAUAAAACACUUUUCUGUUUUGGUCCUGGUGUUGCAAGAGGAAGGAUAGGGGAGAGUGGGGUAAGUUGAGCCACCCCCUGUUGCUUGGAAAUGGAAAAAGAAAUUGAUCAUGUGACCAAAUAUUUUGGAGAUGGGCAUCAAUUCAUGGAGUCUGUGAAGGUUAGAAGCACAUGAGUGAAGGGGUUAGACAUUUAUUUACAAAAAAACAUUUUUCACUCUAGAAAGUGAAUUUAGUCUGUUAUAAGUUUUAUUAGAAUUGUGUUCAGACCAAAAAGUGAUCUGAAAUAUGAAAAAUGACUCAUCUUACCCCACUCUCCCCUACAGUAAGCAGGUGGUCGUCAUGUUAUGUUUGAUUAGUGUAUUUAGAAUUGUGUUGCACGGCACUGUCACAGUUUUAAUAAAUGUUUUUUCUUCUCUAGCUGAUGAUGCUGGUUUUGAGACAGAGGUGUACAACAACUCUGUAGUCCACACGCCCCACCUGCGCUCUCUGGCCCAGCGAAGCCUGGUGUUCAACAAUGCUUUUACCUCCGUCAGCAGCUGCUCCCCCAGCCGCUCCACCAUCCUCACAGGCCUGCCACAGGUAGGUACACAUACACCACUGGAUCUCUCCUUUUUUGCAUGCAGUCACAGUACGUAAAGGAAUAUACCGGCGUAAAAUUAAUUCAGGGUCAAACACACCAUAACACUGAGAUAGACAGAAUAUCCCUUUAACUCUGUAUGAUUUUCAGCACCAGAACGGCAUGUAUGGGCUUCAUCAGGGUGUUCACCACUUUAACUCCUUCGAUGGAGUUCAAAGUCUGCCUCUGCUCCUCAGCCAAGCGAACAUACACACCGGUGAGUAGCAACCUGAGUGUUUUGUGUUCUUUUACACAGUUUUUUUCCAUCUCCAUCUCUCACACUCUUUUGCUCAUAUCUACAGGUAUAAUUGGAAAAAAGCAUGUGGGUCCUGGACCUGUGUACCCGUUCGACUUCGCCUACACAGAGGAGAACAACUCUGUCCUCCAGGUGGGGAGAAACAUCACCCGCAUCAAACUCCUGGUCCGCAAGUUUUUCCAAACUCAUAAGGAGGAAGCUUUUGGACAAGGUCAAGAGAAAGAAAAGAAAAAGAAGAAGGACGAUGAGGAGGAGAGGCCAUUUUUCCUCUAUGUUGCUUUUCAUGACACCCAUCGAUGUGGACACUCGCAGCCUCAGUACGGGGCUUUCUGUGAGAAGUUUGGAAACGGGGAAAUGGGGAUGGGAAGAAUACCUGAUUGGACGCCAGAGUAUUACACACCAGAACAAGUGAAGGUCAGGGAUGUCAAGUUUAUUGAUAUUUCAUGCUGUGAAAUAAUGGUAGUAAUGUUUUUAUCAUGCAAUUACUGAAAACAAAUACACCUGAGAGAUCAAAUCACAGUGCCUCAGAAAAUGAUUUGUUGUCCACCUCAUGUCUCUUAUUUCAGGUUCCUCCUUUUGUGCCAGACACGCCUGCAGCACGAGCAGACCUGGCUGCACAGUACACAACAGUGAGCCGGCUGGACCAAGGUGUGUUCCAAUGUUAGAGACGAUAGAGGGUGCCUACAGAUCAUUCCUGUUACACUCACAGUUAUGAUGGUGUCUUCUGCAGGUAUUGGUCUAGUUCUGCAGGAGCUCAGGGACGCUGGUUAUGAGAACGACACUCUGGUCAUCUACAGCUCAGAUAACGGCAUCCCCUUCCCAAAUGGGCGGACCAACCUGUAUCACUCUGGGACAGCAGAGCCUAUGCUGGUGUCUUCACCUGAGCACAGACAGCGGUGGGGAGACACCAGCCAGGCCUACGUCAGCCUGCUAGGUAAGCCAUGGACGCCUGAGAGGAGCUUUGGAGGCUCUAGGGAGAGAGUCUUUUUAGAAAAUAGUGGAAAAAAAUGUAAAAGUAGUUACCUCUGUCUUCAUCAUAUUGGGAUGAAUCUGUUAUGACCCCUGAGGUUGGUACCACUCUGGCACAAAGGGGCAAUAAGAGAUGUCAGUGUGAGUAGAUGAUGCUUUUAAUCCACCACAAGAGGGAGACAUAACAAUGAUGCAUCAGCAGCAGAUCUAACAGCCUGAACAGUUUCUUCUAAAGAGAUCAAACGAAGGAUGAAAGGAAACAUAAUGUUAACAAAUCAACCUAGAAUAUAAAAAGUCAGUUAGGAUAGAAAUGUCUGCAGAACAUACUUGUUACACUCUUCAUAAAAUGGUAAGUAUUGAAGCAAACAGUGCUCUUAAAACAGUUUGAUAUAUAGCGUUCAGACUGUGGUAGUGACAUGUUGGAAAUGUCUUUUGAUGACUUUCUAAAUGUCUUUUUCCUCAGACAUCGUUUCUUUAUUUCUCUCUUUUCUCCCUCUCUUUUUUCCUCAGACAUCACUCCCACCAUCCUGGACUGGUUCUCGGUUUCCUACCCAUCUUACAGCCUCCCUGGCAGCCCUUCGGCCCCCGUCCACCUCACCGGCCGCUCCUUACUGCCUGCUUUGGACUCAGAGCCCAGCAGCUGGCACACUGUCUAUGCCAGCCAGUCUCUCCAUGAGGUCUGCCCCCCCACGGGGAUCCUGUAGUGACUUAUACUGAGAGAAAAGCAUCAGUGAAAGAACUUAAGACAUGCUGUCUCUUUGUUUUCAGGUCACUAUGUAUUAUCCAACCCGCUCUGUCCACCAGGGGGCGUACCACCUUCUUCAUAACCUGCACUACCGUAUGCCUUUCCCUGUUGACCAGGACCUGUACGUGUCCCCCACCUUCCAGGACCUCCUAAACCGUACUCAGCUGAGAGAGCCCACAAACUGGUUCAAGAGCCUGCAGCAGUAUUACUACAGAGAGCGCUGGGAGCUGUACGACUCCAGGUCUGUCAUAUGUGCACAGCCAUGAUCCCAGUUAGGAGGAUUUUUGGCAAAACUCAAAGCCAAGUGUCUUAUGAGUAGGUGAUCAGAAAGACGCUUCUAAAUGCUAAUAGAGAGAAAAUUUACAACACAGAAAUCUAAUAUUAAAAGCUACAAGAGGAAUGAGUGGACAUCUCAAGAACUUGACUAUUUUUGGAGCGAAUAAGAGAGCAGGUCAGUUGAUAUAUAAUCCCAAUCUCACAUUGGUUUGUCUUUUUUUAUGCAUUUGACCAAAUAGAACAAUUUAGCAUUAAGACUAACUAUUGUGAAACAGAGUUGAUGCACAUGGAUGUAGAUGGAAAAACAUUUUGCCAAGCAGAGCGCUGCCCCAAACGGAGUUUAGGAUUUCUGUUCAACUAUUAAAUCAUUUUAGGGAAGGAAUAAAAGUGAAAUGUUGCAAUUAAAAUCUCCAAAAGUCAGGUAUAAAUCCAUUAUUUCACCCACAUUCAUGUUUAUUGUAGCCAGUAAAAUGCUUUGAAUAGAUAUUUAACGAAUGGCCAGUGUGAUACCAAUUACUGGGAAAACCACCAGAUUAAUUGGCUAAUUGAUUAAUCUGGAGCAUUUAUUCUUUCUAUUUCUAGAUGUCAAUAUAUAUUUUAUUUGAUAACUUUAAACUCUGUGACUGUCAGAAAGAAGUUCCAAAACGCUAUCACAUUUAUUCGGUUAAAGAGUGUACAAGCACUGACUGUUUUAUGAUGUUUUAAUUAAAAAUAAUUCUUCCCUCUCACAGGGCAGACCCUCUGGAGACAAAGAACCUGGUCUCAGACCCCUCCUACAGCACUGUGCUGGAGAGCCUGAGGCAAAGUCUGCUGAAGUGGCAGUGGGAGACAGGGGACCCCUGGGUUUGUGGACCUGACUUUGUCCUGGAGGACAAACUGGAGCCUCACUGUAGACCACUUUAUAACGGACUGUAGUGGAACUUUGACACAUCUGGACUGAACUGGUUUCUGCAUAAAUCGACAAACUCUAAUUUUUCAAAUGAUGGUGUUCUUUUUUUAUUUGUAUUUUUAUAUCUAAGUGUUGUAUUUGGUGAAAAUAAAACCUGAAUAACCUGACUUCCUUCACAGUUUUCACCGUGUGUCUUCAUUGUUCUGAUAUAAUCUCAUCUCUCCAGUCUGAGGUCUGUAUUAUCCAUUUCUUUACAUUAGAAGAACAUUACCCGUCAUCCAGACCCCUGUCAUUAUCCUGUUUCAUGGAAAGGCAAUAUGGCUGCAACUACAUGUCUGUUGAUAUUACUAUUUAAUUAAAGAAAUGCAAGCCCGU